UCGCUAUAGCCUCGUUUCUGUACCCGUCCUGGCACGGCCUGGCACGCAUGAUUACUCGACACGCGCAAAUCAAUGGCCGCCGUCCUAGCUCCACGGGUAAACACCCAGCUUGGUAACGGCCUCGCCCUGAAACGGACCAGACCCUGGAUCCAGUAUUGCCAGCCCGCGUGCAGUGACCCGCCUCUCUCGUGGCGGCUUGCGUUAUGCAUUGCCUCCUACGCAGUAUAGCUCCACCUCGGCAAAAACCAAUCCACCUACCUUACUGUGUUAAAGAUGCAUAUCCCCUCAAGCUCCAUGGCCCUCCCGAUUUUGGGGCUCUCUGCUGCCA